UAUUGUGCAAUGUUUUAUAGACAACAAGAUGGAUAACCUAAUGGUGUUUCUCUCAAAAUAACGGGUUUAAGAACUGCAAAAUCUCAGACAGGUUUUAAGGGAUUUAAGCAAUUCUCCAAUACCAAAUUUAAAGAAAGAAGUGCAUAAGAAAGAGCUACUCGUAUAACAACAAUCACCGAAGAAAAUGAGAGAAAUAGAAUUGUCAUUGAAUCAAACCCAAAAGAUUCGACUUCAAAGAGCCCUAGAAAAUCUCCAAUGUCUCUCCUCCAAAUCCGCUGCCAACGCUUCCGUCACCGUCGCCGACACUAUUCCUGUCAACAAUGAAGAUAAUAUCCUCAAGGGACAUGGAACAUUAGAGCUUGAUGGCGAAGUGGUUGCAACUGUGUGUGGUGUUGUCGAUCGAGUUGAUAAACUUGUUAUUGUUCGUUCUUUGCGAUCCAGGUAUAAGCCUGAUACUGGAGAUAUCAUUGUUGGACGAGUUGUUGAGGUUGCUCAAAAGCGGUGGAGAGUUGAGAUCCAUUCGAACCAAGAUGCUGUUCUUAUGCUUUCUUCAGUGACUUUACCUGAUGGUAUCCAGAGGCGGCGUACAGCGGUUGAUGAACUCAACAUGCGCAAUAUUUUUGUAGAGAAUGAUGUUAUAUCUGCUGAGGUUCGUAACAGUCAACACGAUGGUACUUGGCAGCUACAUGCAAGGAGUGAUAAGUAUGGGAAGCUUGAGAGGGGUCAAUUGAUCACUGUCCCUUCCUAUUUGGUGAAAAGAUGCAAGCAGCACUUCCACCAGUUAGAUCAAUAUGGAGCUCUCUUAAUACUUGGAUGUAAUGGUUAUGUCUGGGUUGGUGAACUCACUGUAGCAAAAGACGGUAUGGAAGUGGAUGAUGUGAAUGAAUCUGAGAAAACCAAUGCAAAUUCCAUUGGAGAAAUAAAUCUUGAAGAAAAUUACACUCCCUUGGAAACAAGGCAGAACGUAUGCAGGAUUGCGAAUGCAGUCCGGGUCUUGGCCGUUCUGGGUUUCAAUAUAACUGUUGAAGUUAUACUGGAGUUGUGUGAUUUGAGUACCUCAUUGAAUCUUGACAUUCACGACAUGCUUGGGGCAGAGUUCUGUGUUGCAGUUGCUGAGAAAGAGGUGGAGAGACGGAGUAUCAUAAAUAAGAGGAAGGGUUGAUCAUGUUAUUUGUAGAUUUAGCUGGUGCUGCUGAAAUUUUGGUAAUUUAGCGAAAGUAUUUGCAAAGGAUGAAGUAGCUUUGUGUUUAUUCUCCCUGACUAGUUUGACAGAACACAGAAGCCUGAUUAUAAUUAUGGGAAGAAGUAAGUCCCUUUACUACUAUGAGUAUAAUUUCAACUAUAUUCUAUUAUUUUGAGUGGGCGUGAAUGUAGUAAUGAACAUUAAUGAAAGCUUAAUUUUUUUUUUUUCCA